AUGUCUUUGAACCGGAUCCCCACGACAGACACAGAGCAGUCUGCAGAGUACUCGGUGGAGUAUUCGGUUCAGGGUCCCAGUGACACGGGUCACGGUGAGUCUCAGACCCGUGAAGUGACCGUGCUCCAGUCGAGAUGCUGCCGCUGCCUGCCGCGCGCGGCGCGCCUUGCGUUUGCUCCAGAGUCACUGGAGAGAAUUUACCAGAACUACUUCCGCAGACAAAGACAAGAAAACCUGCUCGUGCUGGCGUUGUUUGCCGCUCUUUUCAACAGCUUCAUCAUCAUCAUGUGCGCGGUGGUGUACACUAAGGACAAACUGGCCAUGGUGGUGGUCGCCGCGGUGGGGCUUUCUGCGGACGCGGGGCUGUACGUGCUGUGCCGGCUGCAGAAGCUUCCCGCGUCACCGGUGGCGCGCGGAGCAGUGCCGUACAUUCUGUGGCUGAUGAUAAACGUGCACGUUUUGUGUUACAUGUGUCUGAACUAUGAGCGUUUCCCCCAAGGAAGUGACUCUGUGGGCUGGCAGGCCUUUUUCACUUUCUCCAGCUUUCUGACCCUUCCGCUGGACCUGGGGCCGCUGCUCCGUCUCACGGCCCUCUCCUCUGGGAUACACACCCUGGUGCUGGGGGUGACUGUGGCUCAGAAGUCCGAGGAUGACCUGCAGGGGCCCAUGCUGGUUAGACAGCUCCUAGCCAACAUGAUGCUGUACCUGUGCUCAGCCUCGGUGGGUGUGUUGUCGUACUACAUGGCGGACAGGAAGUACAGGACAGCAUUUUUGGAGGCCCGUCAGUCACUACAGGUCAAAGUCACACUGGAGGAGGAGAGCACCCAGCAGGAGGAACUAUUACUGUCCAUCCUGCCCAAACACAUUGCAGACGAGAUGCUGCAGGGCAUGAAGAACCAGGCCAGUGAGCUCGGGGGCCAGCAGCAGCAGCAGUUCAACACCAUGUACAUGUACCGCCAUGAAAACGUCAGUAUCCUGUUUGCUGACAUAGUUGGCUUCACCCAGCUGUCCUCCGCCUGCAGCGCCCAGGAGCUUGUGAAGCUGCUCAAUGAACUGUUUGCCCUCUUCGACCAACUGGCAGAAAAGAAUAAGAUGGCCGAAGAACAAGAGAUCAACAAACGACUACAGCAGGAGCUACUGGAGAGAGAAACCCAGCAAAUAAUGAAGGAUCACAAGAUCAACCCUGUGUUGUUGCGUUUCGUGGAUGGAAAGUUGGAGGAGCAGUACUCCUCAGAGAAGGAGAAGCGGAGCGGGGCGGCCUUCUGCUGCUGCAUCAUCGUGCUCUUCUUCAUCACAGCAAUGGAGGUGUUCAUAGACCCACUGUUGGCUGUGAACUAUGUGACUCUCACGAUAGGAGAGGUAUUGUUGCUCAUCCUCACAGUUUGCUCCCUGGCUGCCAUCUUCCCCAGGAUGUUCUCCAAGAGGUUGGUGUCUUUCUCGGUGUGGAUCGAUCACACACGCUGGGCCAGAAACACCUGGGCCAUGGCGGCCAUUUUUGUUCUUACCAUGGCUGUGAUUGCUGACAUGCUGAGCUGUGUACCUCCGUCCCUUCAAAUCUUCAACAGCACUUCGGGCCCCGUGUUGGAGUCACUUGGGGACCGAGGCUGUGCACAGAACCCAAAGCACUACAGCUUCAUGGCUGUGAUGUCACUCAUCGCCACCGCCAUGCUGGUUCAGGUCAGCCAUCUGAUUAAACUGGGUCUCAUGGUGCUGGUCGUCACAGCAACAGGAGCCGUUAAUAUCUACAGCUGGAGGGACAUUUUCGACCUGUAUGACUAUAUACAGUUUGCCUCGUACAGAACAUCAAUAGUGCCAUCCAAGUACCUCAUGACCAUGAUGAUCAUUGUGAUGAUGAUUGGCUUCUACUUCUUUGCCCGGCAUUUGGAGCAUCAGUCCAGGAAGCUGUUUCUGUGGAAGGUUGGCGUGCAUGACCAGAAGGAGAGGGUGUUUGAGAUGAGACGCUGGAACGAAGCGCUGGUCACCAACAUGCUGCCGGAGCAUGUGGCCAAACACUUCCUGGGCACUAAGAAAAGAGACGAGGAGCUGUACAGCCAGUCCUACAAUGAAGUAGGUGUGAUGUUCGCUUCCAUCCCCAACUUUUCUGAUUUCUACACUGAAGAGGGCAUCAACAACGGCGGCAUCGAGUGUCUAAGGAUUCUCAAUGAAAUAAUCUCAGACUUUGAUAGUUUACUAGAUAGAGAAGAGUUCCGCUUCAUCACUAAAAUCAAGACAAUAGGAAGCACCUACAUGGCAGCAUCAGGACUCACUCCAGAGAGCAACACCAACGACUAUAGCAAGCGCAAGCCAGAGGAUCAGUCUCUGGUCGAGCGCUGGCAGCACCUUGCUGACCUGGCAGACUUCGCCUUGGCCAUGAAAGUCACCCUCACCAACCUCAAUAAACAGUCCUUCAACAACUUCAUGCUCCGAAUAGGUCUGAAUAAGGGGGGAGUGUUGGCGGGAGUGAUAGGAGCUCGUAAACCUCACUAUGACAUCUGGGGCAACACGGUCAAUGUGGCCAGCAGAAUGGAGUCUACUGGAGUGAUGGGAAACAUCCAGGUGGUAGAGGACUGCUACGACAUCCUUAAGAACUACAGCUUCCGUUUUAUCCGAAGAGGGCCUAUAUUUGUCAAAGGGAAAGGGGAGCUGCUCACCUUCUUCAUGAAAGGAAGAGACAACCCUAGUAAAAAUGGCGGUCCGAUGACCACUACCUUACCACACCAAGUUGGGGACCAUUGAAAAUUGUCCACUGUGUGAAAAGCUGUUAUGGAUAAGCCUGAGCAGAAGGUGACUUACAUAGAUCAUUUUCAUAAGCUCUGUAGCAAUGUAAAGCAUAUGAAAGUAGACCAACACAACACAUAAUAUGCUAUACAACUCACGAUAAAACUGAUUCUGUAUAAUUGUACAUAAUUGAGGAAUUUAGGAAUUGUUAUCCUUUUGUACUUGAAUAAUGGACUGCUAUGAGAAUUACAAGCUAGGAACAGACGUAUACAUUAAUCUCCUUUGUUGUUUGCCUUGAGCUCAGGUUUUGUAAAAAUAUUGUAGCUUAAUAACACUGUAUUUAUA